AUGGGCAACACACAUUCAACCGACAGUAUACUGCUCGACAAUAAAAUACAAAGGGAUAAGCUAAAUCAUUUUAAGAAAUCACUGGAUAAUUUAGCACAAGUAAAUCACUCGCUAGCCGCAGAAGCAGUCGCCCGUUCUGACGUCACAGCGGCUCGCAAGUUUUUACAAAUUAAAUAUGACAACAUAGCGAGUGUGAGGCAGGUACAGGCGCAGCUGGAUAGUCUGAGUGGAAUAAUAAAGGGAAUUGAAGGCAAGCGUGAGGAGAUGUUGUUGCUCGAGCAGUUGGAGCAGGGUAACCAGCUCCUGAGCAGACUGAACAAGACAAUUAGAUUGGAACGCGUACAAGACAUACUCAAUUCCAAGGAAACACAAGAAUCUUAUCAGCAGGAGAUAUCUAAUUUAAUUUAUACACCAAUUCCAGACCUUCAACUGGAUAAUGAAUUGGAUAGCCUUGUUGAUGAGGAACCAACACGACAGCUAAAAUUACCACGGGUGCCAGAAGGGGAGAACAACCCUUACCCGCUUAAUGGACUGCCAAUUGAUAUCAGUCUACGUAUCUGGCUCAUGUAUAAUCAAUUGCCCACAGAGACUCAGCAAAUCGAUAAAUUCAUUUUAAAUUUCAGUGAGGCUUACUAUGAGCACAACAAGCUCAUCCCCCAAGACACUGUGUAUAUUCUCAGUUUCAGUAUUCUUCUCCUCAAUACAGAUAAAUUUAAUAAGUCAAACAAACAUAAAAUGUCUAAACGUGACUUUAUUAGGAAUACCAACUAUAUUGGCAUCUCUGAGUACUUUCUUGAGUAUUUAUACGACAACACUUGCUUUACCCCUUUCAUUAAACUCGUUGAUGCCACAAGAUUGCCUUCAAAUCACCCUUACAGCUACAUUCUAAGCAACUCCCUCGAUAGGCUUAGGUUACCCACUUUAAGCAAGCCAAACGACGCAAAAUUUUCACUCUCAGACGCUUACUCCCUUUCAAAACUCAACAGUCUCUUCAUUAACGCUCCUAUAAUACGCCUUUCUACUAAUGAAUUCCUUCGCCUCACUCAUUACAGCAAACUGAGCAUAAAGUUACCUAAAAACACUCUUUGGCGGAGUUUCGUGGUUAUUUUAACAGGUUCACAGUUGCUGCUAUACAAAAACAUGAGUGUGCUUGCUUCUAUAAGAAGUGAAAUUGUUAAAUUCAAUGGCCUUGUUAAGGAGCACUUGACCAGUUCAAAUAACACCCACGCUUCACUCAACCUCCGCAACCUUGAUACUCCUUCCCAAUACUCUUUUAAACCUGACGAUAUCAUUCCGCUCGAUGACUCUGUAGCUCUUGUAGACCACAGCUACUCUAAACACCCCAAUACCAUCACUCUCCAUUCCCGCAAGUGUAAAUACCUCCUUCAGACGCACUCUAUCGAGAGCAUGCAUUUGUGGAUUAGUUUGAUCAACUACUCGGCGGCUUUUAAGUGGGCUAAUGUCCGCAUUCGCGGUCAUUCUCUGUCUGAUAGCCAUCUUCAUUAUGCUGGAUUAAAAGCGCGGUCGAGAUUACAUAGCAGUGCUAGUACAUCAGAAUUUGCGAGAGCAUCUACAGCUACGUCUACAUCCGCAUCUACACCCACAUCCACACCUACACCCACUUCAUCUCAAUCUUCACCCCAAUCGCCCACCUCACCGACACUGAACCGCGUUGGCGAUUUUGACUCGGCAGUCGACUCGAUUAGUGCGCACAUGCACGCGUCUUCGAAUGCUCACUCUCGCUCGAGCAAGCUAAAAACCAAGUUGGCGCACCUGACGCGGUUACAGGAGGAGAACAGCGCGCAUUUGAGUGAUACGCUCAAUAAACUAGAGCUUUGUGGUACGCUGACGCCCUUCCGUCGCUCGACGCGUAGCCGGCUGAACGGGGAGCUGGUAGCGAUGCUCACGGGGGCACUGGCAGAGCUGCGCGUCGCCGAGGCUAAGUAUGCUUCUGUCGCAGCUACCCUCGCGGGAGAUCUGGCUGUCGAAGAGAAAAUAGAAGCGAGGUCGGUUAGCGUUGGUAUGCGCGCUGCGGCUGUACACUCCCAGGCUAGUAGAGUGCGUAGAGCUCAGAGUAUGUUUGUAGGCGAGGGUGUGGGUGAUGUAGGCGGGGAAGUUGGGAAUUUGGAAGGUGUGCAAGCUACAGAUCACACCACUGACCAUUCACCUAAUCACUCACCUGACGCCCUCCAACACACCGCCUCCAUUCGCUCUAAUCGCACUCAGAAAUACUCCUCCGCUACGAGCCUCGCGCUACAGGAACAAGACAACGAAGAGUAUCCAUCGAAUAGCACCAGUACCACGGCCACCUCUUCAAAUAACCACUACGGCCAUAUUUCAGUCAUCAAGAUGCCAGACGCGGUGCGCAAACACGCGCGUAACUGGAGCCAAGGAGGAAGCACGAGCAAAGAGAUAGUAUCGCCGACGACGCAAAAGACUGAGUAG